AUGGCCCAAACUGCCCGCCCCGAUAUCGCCAACAAACCUGCCGCGGGCAUCUCAUAUUUCACCCCGGCACAAGUCCCCCCGGCCGGCUCCGCAGCAAAUCCACAGUCCGAUGGGACCCAACCGCCCAAAUUAUUCCAGCCUUGGAAAGUCCGAGGACUGACAUUCCAUAAUCGUAUCGGGCUUUCCCCACUGUGCCAAUACAGCGCCCAGGAUGGCCACAUGACAGAUUGGCACAUGGCACACCUGGGCGGCAUCGCGCAGCGCGGCCCAGGACUGCUCAUGGUCGAAGCAACCGCCGUGCAAGCGGAAGGCCGGAUCACACCAGAGGACCACGGCCUCUGGAAGGACUCUCAGAUCGAGCCUCUCCGCCGCGUCAUUGAAUUCGUGCACAGCCAGAACCAGCUUAUCGGCGUUCAGAUUGCCCAUGCUGGCCGCAAAGCGAGCACCGUGGCCCCGUGGCUCAGUGCGGGGGAUACGGCCACCGAGGCUGUGAACGGCUGGCCGGACAGGGUGAUCGGGCCCAGCAACAUUCCUUUCUCGGACAAGUUCCCGACGCCGAAGGCCGUCAGCAAAGCUGAUAUCGAGCAACUGAAGAAGGAUUGGGUGGCCGCCGUGAAGCGGGCUGUGAAGGCCGGAGCGGAUUUUGUGGAGAUUCACAACGCGCAUGGGUAUCUCCUUUCGAGCUUUUUGUCCCCGGCCACGAACAACCGCACGGAUGAGUAUGGUGGAAGCUUUGAGAAUAGAAUCAGACUGUCUCUUGAGAUCGCACAGUUGACUCGCGAUGCUGUGCCCAAGGAUAUGCCUGUGUUCCUUCGUGUGUCGGCCACGGAUUGGCUUGAGGAGGUUCUUCCUAACGAGCCAAGUUGGCGUAGUGAGGAUACCGUGCGUUUUGCAAAGGCCCUUGCGGAUAGUGGGAAUGUGGAUGUGCUGGAUAUCAGCAGUGGUGGUAACCAUAACCGUCAACACAUUCAUGCCAAGCCUGCUUUCCAGGCUCCAUUCGCGGUUGCGGUGAAGAAAGCUGUUGGGGACAAGCUCAAGGUUGGCAGUGUUGGUAUGAUUGAAUCCGCACAUCUUGCCAAUGACCUGGUGGAAAAGCAAGGACUCGACUUUGUCCUGGUAGGUCGCGGAUUCCAAAAGAAUCCAGGUUUGGUAUGGACGUGGGCUGAAGAGCUCGAUGUGGAAAUUUCGAUGGCGAACCAGAUUCGUUGGGGUUUCGCAAGCCGGGGUGGAGGUCCCUACUUGAAGAAGAGGUCCGGGAAGAUGUAA